AUGGCAUUUGAUGAGUUCUGGCCUUUUACAUAUCGCGGUCUGAAGGAGGUAAUCACUACCACCAAACCUGAUUUUAUCUUCUCCGACUUCCACGUUGAAGCGGCUCUGGAUGUCUGCAAUGAGUUUCGGCUCCCCCAUGCAGUCAUGUGGCCUCAGAUGCCAUGGUUGAUGAUGCCUCAGAAGUACAUUCCGGGUCAACCUGGUAUGCAGCAAAUAUGCUUGACCAGCGAGCAUGCAAGCAUUUAUGAUAGGUUGUUUGAAAUGACCUUUUUGCUUCGCUCGGCGCCAUUCUUUCUUCAUUGGAUCUUUUGGACCAAGGCCAUGCGGAGAAAGGAAGGGGUUGCGCCUCGGCCUAAACUUUCCAAGCCGGACUAUCUUGUGUUUCUGAACAACUUUUAUGGCAUGGAAACACCACGAGACACUCCACCUUUGGUUCAUCCUGUAGGCCCCAUCUUGGCGGACUCAUAUUCUGCCCUUGAUGGAGACAUCAAGUCCUUUCUAGAGGAACAUCAAAGUAUCGCUUUAGUUGCGUUUGGUACACAUGUUAUUCUGGACGACGCAAAAAUCUUCAAGAUCAUCAACGGUCUCGCUGGUGCCAUUUCUUUCGGCUUGAUCGACGGUGUCGUCUGGGCACUAAGUGCUAGAAGUCGUGGUCGACUCGAUACCAGUAUUCGAGUCCCAUCAUCUCACCUAUCUCACUUGACCAUUGAUCAACUAUUCAAGAAUCAGGACCAAGCGUGGCACUUUGCUACCUGGGUACCGCAGCGUUCGGUCCUCGAACAUGAUUCUACAGUUAUAUUCGUCACACACGCUGGACCUUCAUCUGUCAAUGAAUCUAUCUUUCAUGGUGUCCCUAUGGUUGCAAUGGGGAUAUUUGGUGAUCAGAUGGUCACCACACUGAGACUGGAACGAUCUGGCGUUGCAGUCCGUCUUGACAAAGAAAAUUUCGAUGUAUCUUCCCUGAUGUCAGCUAUCAGAACCAUACUCUUGUUUGACAAAGAGUCUUUCCAGAGAAACGUCAAGCGUAUGCAUAAAAUUGCCAUAGUCGGAUCGCGGAAGAAGCACUUUGCUGCCAAUCUAAUUGAGGAGCAUUUAUAUGAUUGGGAUGGUAGAUUCGAAAAGUCUCUUCUCAAUCUUGGAGCAUCCGCGAACAGUGAAAAGGAGUCUUUGCAGGCUUUAAACCCAAGAUACGUGUAUCCACGAGGCAACGAGUUGCGUCCAAUGCAUCUUCAGACACCUGACGUGCGUAUGUCUUGGAUCAAGCUCAACAACAUCGAUAUUACGCUUUUUCUUUUUCUUCUGUUGGGGUUCAUUGCAUGGACCACUCGGUUAGCUGUUAAUAUGGCACUACUAUGA